AGAACUGAAUGUGGAUGGACUGACAGCUCAUCCCAGCAGGUGAUCAGCGCAGCGGAACCUUUCCAGCCUCCCACCAUUGCUUUAGUAGCGACACCUCCACGGCGCUACGGUGUCGUAUCAGCCUGUGUUGAUCAUCACAAUCAUCACAGGCCAACCUGCUGUGCUUCCUCCUCCUCCCCGAAGCCUUGGACCGGACCGAUUACAUCCCGCUGCUCGAGUCCCGCCAACCCGAGUGGAAGCGGCUCGGACGGGAGGCUGGAUGACAGAGCUCCUUACCUGGCCACGUCUCUACAGAGGUAAAGGAACAACGUAGCACCUGGUGCUAUCCCCUUCAGAACACUACUGGUGGGCCUCACCUCCCAGGCCGCUGGCUCCAUCGCACCCAUGUGUGUUUGAAAGAUUCAUGUCCCCAGAUAUUUCUCUUUAGAUUCCCUCCGCCUGCAAAGAUCAGCAGCUUCAAUCCAGGAAACGAGAAGGAGGCUCCAGAGGAAAAGAGGAGCCUUCCUCCCUCAGCGUAAGAGCAGCUUCCUUCCUGCCCAGCACCGACAGCCACAGCCGCACAGCCGCCAGCCACAUCCAGCAGUUUUCCAUGUCGAAGUCGGCCCAGAUGCCGCUGUCCAACAUCACAGUGCCAAAGCCCUCCAUCUCCAGGGUGCCGAGCAGCAUGGAGGGCAUCAACCAUGAGCUGGAGAAAGUCUUCAUCAAAGACAACGGAGACAAGGAGGAGCUGAAGUCUCUGGAGGUUCCCGAUGGACGUCGGGCACCCUUCCCUCCCCAGCAGCGCAGCAGCAGUUCUCGCAGCGUGGACACGCAGACUCCUUCAGCCCCCGGGCGAUCCAGCAGCUGCUCCAGCCUGUCACCGUGUCCCUCACCUGCCUGCCCUCCAGGAUCGCAUGAUGGCAGUCCCUACUCCACAGAGGACCUGCUCUAUGAGCGGGAUAAAGACAGUGGAAGCAGCUCACCACUCCCAAAGUUCGCUUCCUCACCCAAACCCAACAACAGCUACAUGUUCAAGCGCGAGCCCCCAGAGGGCUGUGAGAAGAUUAAAGCCUUUGAGGAGAUGAGCUCCAGGCAGUCGGCGUCGGCCCCCCACUUCUCCUGCCCCGACAAAAACAAAGUCAACUUCAUCCCAACGGGCUCUGCGUUCUGCCCAGUCAAACUCCCCGGCUCCCUGCAUCUCACCGCCGCCUCAGAGCCCGAGGAAGACGAGAGCAACGCGGAGGCCGCUUCCAACUCAGAGCACCAGGGGGCCACCUCGCUCUACGCCAUCCCCACUCAGGUUUCCACAAGCACCAGCACAGAUGAUGCCCCAGAGGAGGCCAGCUCCCCGUCAGAUACUGCAGAGCCCCAGACAGACAGCUAGAGCCGAGCAGAGCAGGCCUCACCCACCACAACUGACUGUCCCACCAACACCUCCUUCUGCUUCGCCAGGGGAGCCUCUGUCUCUCUGUGCUGACCCCCUCAAUCCCGUUCUAUUACUGCAUGACGUAGCAACAAUGUCCCUUCAUUUCCACCGACAGACAGACAGACCGACCGGCCACCUAAAUGCUCUGAGCUGUGUGCAGGGACCUGAUGGUUGGAGGUAUUACACUACAGGCUUCAGAGGGAACUCUAUGGAUGGGGGGGAGGGGCUUGCAUUUUAAACUGGUAGUAUAAUUCAGAUUAAAUUAUGUGUUGUGUUCUGUUUCAACAUUCACAGUAUGAAUAAGCUCUAAACAAUAAAUAUAUAUAUAUAUAUAUAUAUAUAUAUAUA